GCUCUCUCUCAGCUUAUGCAUCCCUCACCAUACUACACCCCGUUAGUACGUCGCAGCGCCCGGAGAUACGGACAGAUUGUGACUCAGUCGAAGGGUCGGCAGCUGUGCCUGCGCGCGACGAGAGUCGUCCACCGAGCUCCCGCUGCAUCCGCUGGAGAGAGCGCAGAUGCCGAAUCCGACGGCCCCUUUCGUCUUGCCGACCCUGAAAUUCCGGAAUGUGUCGAAACGCGAGCAGAGCAUGACAUUUGGGUUCCUUCUUCAGCUGAAGUUGAAGCUAGGAACCGGAUUACGAUAGGUCUUUCGACUGAUCGCGACCAGGUCGAGUCUGUUUCUGAGUCGCUUCAAAGGCAGACCCCGCCGUCAGUUGAAUCCGAAGCUCGGAAUCGGAUUACGAUAGGUCUUUCGACGGAUCGCGAAGAGAUUGAGGAUCCGAGCGGGGACAAUGGACGGUUUUCGUCAAUGCCUGCGACACGCCCCUCUGCAGAGCCGCCAUUGGUCGGCGAUGAUCCAAGCGAACGUGAUCUCGUUACAGGGGAUUCGCCAGCUAGUUUUAACGAGAUUGCAUUCGGCUCGAAUCAAAGUGCGUCAGCUCGUAACGCGAAUGCGAAGCCUAAGAAGCCGCGGCAGGCCAAGAAAGUAAAGCCGCCAUUGGUGCGAGACGCCGAGCCGCUUGACGUGCUGUUUGAAGAUGAUUGGAUACUGGUGGUGAACAAGCCAGCAGGGGUGAAGCAUUCGCCGCUGCACCGAUUCGUUGGGGGCGCAUUGGUCAACCGAGUGGCGCACUACCUACAGGCUGAUCCAUUCACAGUGCACCGCCUGGACAUGUACACGAGUGGUGUCAUCUGUUUCGCCAAGACUCGCCCUAUCUCCCAGGCUCUCCACCAGGCGUUCCGAACCAAGGACCUG